GACAUCUGCACCUCUAAAGUUGCACACGUCGGACAUGCGAAUCGCGGAACAGACCGUGGCGAUGACUUGAGAAAUGCCCGUGACAUGUUAGAUACAGUGCCUGGUGAAGUUACCGUCGCCUUUCACCAGCUAAUCUCGACGGUUCAGUGUUCCCCCAUCUCCUGAAACACCUUUUCGGCUUCCCCAUCUUGUCUUUGGCAACAGGUGCAUAGGUAACCGCUUUUCGAGCCUGCUUGUCACUAUGCCAUACGCGUAUGACUCUGUCGACGACUUGACUUCGGCAGCCCAACAGAUCACCCUGUCGUCUUCAGACAGUGAUUACAUCGACCAGCUCAUUCUCGUGAUCAAAGAUGCGCGGAGCACAGACUCGUCUGGCCAGCUCCUUGCCGCACUCAACCAAGUGUCUGCAGAGCGCGAGGCCGAAAUUGAGAAGAUCUGUAACACCAACCAUCAGGAGUUCGUCGGCUCGGUUAAUCAACUGCUGCGCGUUCGCGAGGGGACGGUCAAUCUGACAUCUGAGAUCCUCGACCUCAACCAAUCGAUCCAAGCUAGCACCGAGAAGCUUGCGAGUCAGAAAAAAGCUCUCGUUGACUCUCGCAGUGUCCGGCAAAAUAUCGACGAGACGACGGACGCUCUGAACGCAUGUUUGGAAGUCUUACGACUGGCGAACCAAGUACAUGAUUUACUCGGUAAGAAGCAGCAUUAUGCUGCGCUCCGUGCUUUGGACGAGCUUCGAAAUGUGCAUCUGCGCGAGGUUAGUCGGUAUAAGAUUGCGGAUCUAAUUGAGCGCUCUGUGCCUGCAACCCAAAAACUCAUCGCAGAUGCCGUUAUGGCCGAUCUGAAAACUUGGCUUUAUAGAAUACGAGAAGCCUCGCAGUAUCUUGGGGAGGUAGCAUUCUACCACACGGAGAAGCGUCGAGCACGUAUGAAAGAACGCAUUGAGAAAGAUGAGCGCCUGGGGCGCUUCAAGCUAAACUCCGCCAUUGAACUGGUUGCUGAUGAAAUGGAGGAGUUUGAUAUUUUGAAUGACGAAGAGACAGAGACGCAGGUCGACUUUUCACCCCUCUUUGAAUGCAUGCACAUUCACGAAACGCUGGGGCAGACUGAGGAGUUUAAACACGAAUAUGCAGCGACUAGAAAGAAGCAGAAGGAGCUCCUGAUCCCCACGUCUGUAACUCUACUCGACGAAGAUGAGGCAGACCUUCGUUCGCUUUUAGAGAGUAUCGCUGGAUUCGCAAUCGUGGAGCGAGCAACGAUGCGCAAAACUGACAAUUUCCGCGCCGCAGUGGAUGUAGAUGAAUUGUGGGAGUCCAUGUGUCAGAGCUCCAUUCGGCUAAUCGAAAAUGCGCUUCCUAAAGUAGACGACGACGAGAAACUGCUUAGGAUAAAGAGCCUGAUUGCUCUGUUCAUCCAGACUAUGGAUAACUGGAAUUACUCUGUAGCGUCAUGGAAUUCACUCGUUCUUUCUAUCUUCGAGCAGUAUGCGACGCUGUUGAAGCGGCGCUUCAGCGAGGAUUUUCAGGAGAUUGUGUCUACCGACGACUACAUGCCGAUGCAAAUACAAAAUCUGGACGAGUACGACAAGGUUGUCAACGUCAGCUGGUACACUCCUGAUGUGGAUCGGUCUAAACUCCAAUUUCCCUGUGUUCUCCCGUUUUCACAAAUGUACCCCCUUUGCUGUAUCGACAUACGGAAUUUUCUCAACCAAAUCUACCAAUUUUCAGAUGAAAACUUCCCCUAUUCAAGCGUGAUCGAUAAAACGCUUGUUGAGUCUCUCGAUGAACUUCUGUGCAACAAAGUCUGCAGGCUCCUCGAAGACAAGCUUGGAACGCAGUACCCUGGCCAGAUUGUACAAAUUUUGACCAAUCUAGAGCACUUUGAAACCGCGUGUGACGAGCUUCAGAAACUUUUGUUCGAGGCGCGAUCUUCGACCACUGCAACGGGCCCCAUCACUCUCAACGCGCUUAGCAAAUUCCGAGACCUGAAGAAGACGGCUGAGAAGCGUAUCUUCGAGCUUGUCAACUCGAAGAUUGACGACCUUAUCGAAACUGCAGAGUAUGACUGGACAGCGAGACAAUUCCAGGAUGAGCCGAGUCUGUAUAUGCAGGAGCUGACGCAGUACCUAUCUGUCAGUAUGAAUUCCGUCUUGAUGGGUUUGCCCCCUGAGAUCAAAGAACUUGUAUACUUUGAUUCGCUCAGCCACACUACGCGCUCAAUUCUUGAUCUGCCCCUAGAUGAGAAUGUGCAAAGCAUCACUCCUGCUGCGAUAAGCCUUUUUGCCAAGGACGUCGGCUUCCUUUCAGAGUUUGUAGAUAAAUUGAACAACCCCGUUCUGCGGGAAAACAUCGACGAGCUCGUGCAGACGGUGGCGUUAAUGCAGACCGAAGAUCAGAUGGAUUUUUUUGAUAUCAGUGUCGCGAAUAAAAAAUAUGGCAGAGUGGAUAGAAAUCAUGGUGCGAUUUUGAUCGAAAAGGUCGAGAAUGGAAAGAAGCUCGCAGAGAGAGUGUCAGCGACUGCAUCAAAUUCGAAAGAGUCGACAACAAGGGAGGCGUUCAAUAACUAUGCGCAGCGCUAUGGUUUCAAUUUCAACAGAGGAUCGUCCUAGCCUCGAGUUCCUCCCUAACCCAGACUUUAGUCACCAAAAAAAUAAAGAUCCAGUGUUUGGCUUCUGUUCAGAUUUCGGGUGCUUUUGUGGUAGUUCAAUAUGCUUGGAUGUGUGACUACUUGAACCUAAGAAAUUGUAUAUACAUAUUUAUUUCUUCAGAUGCAAUCCUCUAC